AUGUCAGUAGGAAUGAUUUUGAAAAUCGUCUUGUUAACACUUGAAUGGUCCUUCCUUGUGCCAGCGGCGUGGCAGCCCGGCGCGCGGGCGCUCGCCUCCGCUCCGGGCGACGGCAGCAGGGACUCCUGCAAUCCGCCGACGAAUCCGUCGGUUCUUCCGCUGAAAACUGUCAUGAACUUCACAUCCAAUCCGAGUCUACGUCACCAUGGCGGCCGGGAUUACAUAUCCACUCUAGGACAGCGGGACAACCGCUUCUUGUCCCUGUUCACUGUUGUGCGAUUCGCGAACAGUGAAUGCGUCGUUAAUGGCAACAGUGGCACUUGCUACACUGCCUCCGAGUGCCGUCGCGAAGGAGGGGCUGAGAUCGGCUCCUGCGCCAGGGGUUUCGGCGUCUGCUGCUACAAGGAGAUCACGUGCGGCGGCUCCUCCUCCACCAACUGCACGUACCUGGUGAGCCCCAACUACCCGGGCACGUACAACGAGGCCCAGGCGUGCACCAUGUCCAUUACAAGGAAGCCAGACACAUGCCAGUUGCGGCUCGACUUCGUGGAGUUCGAGAGCGUUGCCCCAGACGGCUUAGGUGUCUGCAACGAAGAUCAAUUCACAGUUGCCGGUGAACGAAAAUUCACCUAUCUCUGUGGAUUCGCUGAAUCCAGGGACGUAUUCGGGGGACAAGCUGCCCAAAGUGAUCCCCAAAUGAGCUACGCAAACAGAAGGCAAAAGCUGUUCAAGAUCGAGAGCUUGGAUUUGCCCACCCCCUGUUCGCUUCGCGCGGGUUUCGCCCUUUGGUCCAGCCAAUGGAUGCCCAUCCCUCUACAGAUUCAGGUUCAGGUCGUUCAGAUUGUCUAUGUUAGACAGUUACCCUUUUUUUAUCUGGACGUGAACGGGAAAGCCAAUCCGACGGAAAUGAGCUUCCUUACAUCGAGCGUCAGCAGUAACAGAAAGUUUAAAAUCAAGGUCUCUAUGAUCGAGUGUCAGAAGAAAGUGCCGUGCGGGUGCGGCCAAUACUACACCGGCAACAGCGGCAGCUUCGAGAGCUUCAACUACGGGGGGUCGUACCUCGCCGGAGUCGACUACGGAAUCUGCUUCAGGAAAGAGAAGAACAAGUGCACGACGACCCUGACCACGCGGGGCCCCUCCUUCGUCGCCUGCCCCAUCGACCUGUACAGGCUGCCAGUUGGCCAGACUGCGGGCACCUCCGCCUUUGCUCCGCUCAACGUGCAGGCCAUGUAUUGUCAGCUCAACGCCGCGCCCAACCCUCUCUUCACGAGCCUUGUCGCAGUCCAGUCCCCCCUGACCACAGUCUCCAACGGCCCUCUCGCCAUCUGGCACGCGACGGCCAUCGACGCCCUCCCCAACUUCCACAGCAACGCCAACUGUCCGACGUGCGCAGGAUUCAGCCAGGACUUCAUGCACAACGACUGUUAAUGAUAGAUAAGCCACAGCGUCCUCUCGCUGCUCUCGGCUCUCACCAACCGAAACCUGGGUCAUACUGCCUCAUCUUCUGCCAUGAUUUUGAUGGACGUAAGAUCUGCUUCAGCCUCACCGGCUCGCUUCUGUGGCGGUUAAGCAUCCUAUCACAUACAGCAUCAUGCUUCGCCAUCGCCGAGAAGAGACAACAAGCAAAACGAAGGUGCG